AUGGCGUCCAAAGUUCCCGUCAUAGUCUUCACAGAGGAAAGUGUGGAACCCGGGACCAAGUCUUGGAUGAGAGCUUGCGAUGAAAUCGUGCGGGCUCUGGAACAUCACGGGUGCUUCGUAGCCGAGUAUGAGGGUUUCCCUCCGGAGCUUCGCGACCCGAUCUUUUGCGCCGCAAAGGAGCUCUUUGAUCUCCCUCACGAGACCAAGGUUCGGAACCCAGAUAGCGCCUACUCAAAGGGUUACAUACCCCACUAUCCAGGAACUCCUUUGCUUGAAGGUCUGAACCUUGAUGGUGCUGAGAAACUCGAAGCUUGUGAGACGUUCACAGCUCUCAUGUGGCCAUCUGGGAAUGCUCGCUUCUGCAAAACUGCUCAUUCCUACACGAGGGAGAUAGCUAAAUUGGAGAAAACGGUGACGAGGAUGGUGUUCGAAGGCUAUGGCGUGGGGGGCUACUGCAACUCUCACACCGAGUCCACCACAUACCUCCUGCGCAUCUUGAAGUACAAGAAACCCGGCGAAGACGAGGUUAACAUCAACUCGGUCGCCCACACGGACAAGACCUUCCUGUCCAUUCUGUAUCAGAACAAUGUGAAGGGCUUGGAGGUGAUGACAAAGGAUGGAGAAUGGGUCACCUUCGAGCCCUCGCCUUCGUCUUUCAUGGUCAUGGCCGGCGAUCCAUGCGUGGGAUGGAGCAAUGGAAGGAUCAAAGCUUGUUUCCAUCGGAUCAACGUGAGAGAAGAAGGGUUGGUGAGGUACUCGCUCGGCGUCUUCUCCUAUAAUACAGGAACAAUAGAGAUACCCAAGGAGCUCAUAGACAAAGACCACCCUCAACAGUUCACAUCAUUCAAUCAUGUUGAUUUCCUUCGUUUCUACGACAGGAGCCAGGAUCGCACGAAGGGUCAUUGCCUCAUCAAAGCCUAUUGUGGAGUCUAAAGCCUAUUGUGAAGCUAUUGGGGCACAACAUGGCUAUCGAAUAAAAUUUCAGCCAAGUUCAUGAUCUUGCAGCAUGUAUCUUUGUAUUGCUUGGCCAGAAAGAACUUUGUAUUGUACCAUUGUUAAGAAUGAAGCGUGUAUCGUACCAUAUUUAAGUAUGAAGCAUGAGUUGUGGUAACCAGUGGAUCUUUUGGACAAGAUGAUG